AUGGACCCACAAAUUUAUUUCAGGGCCAGCCAAGUGCUUCGUGGUGAGAACUACGGCCGCGCCUGUGACGUCUGGUCUGUAGGCUGCUGCCUCCUCGAGAUGCUCACCGGCAAGCCACCCUGGAACGAUUCUUAUGCUACUAAUAGCCUAGCUCUUCUCUACGAGGUAAGAAUGAUGAGUUUGCAUCCUGAUCAUUUUGCUACAUAUUGUCCUAAUUCAACAGUACAGAUUCACAAGAUGUGCAGCCUUUAA